ACCACUGUUAUUGUGACUCAACUUUCAUUUGUUGAUAAAUAACCAAAAAGAAGAAAAUAAUAGUUUUUUUUAACAUUCAAUUCAAUGUUAGAAGGUGAAGGUGAUAAUUUUAGUUUACUUCCACCAGAUGAUGAACAUUAGAUUGCGGUGAAUAUUUUUUUCCCCCAAAACAAAACAUUGGCACAUAGUUUGGCAUCAAUUGGUUGAAAAAAGAGAAAGGUACUAGUUAGAGAAAUGUUUGUACGAUUCAAAGCGUUGAAUGUCAAAUAUCAAGUAUGGAAUUUUGGUCAGAGGAUUUUAUUUCAAAAUUCGUAUCAAACGAAAUGUUUACCAAACUCAGUGCGUUUUUUGAGCAAUCAAAUUGUUGAAUCUACCUCAAGUUCAUCUCAAGAGAAGCGUUCGGAUGAUGUAAUCCACCGCAAUUGGGUGAAACCGGUUGCAAUCUCAGGCGUUGCAUUGUUUGCCGGUUUUCUAGCGUACAAAUACUUAAACAAAAAUGAUGACGACAAAAAUCCACUUGCGUUUUCAUUGAGUCCAUCAGUAAAUGCGGCUGUGCCAACCACAAACGAGGCGUCGAACCGCAGCCGAUUCAAUUUCUUUGCUGAUAUCGUUGAAAAGGCAGCACCUGCGGUGGUUUUUAUCGAAAUUAAAGACAAGAGACACUUGGAUUAUUUCUCUCGUGAACCAGUGACAGCCAGCAAUGGAUCAGGUUUUAUAGUCGAAGAUAAUGGAUUGAUUUUAACGAAUGCGCACGUUGUUAUCAAUAAACCUCAUACAUUUGUCCAGGUGCGAUUACAGGAUGGCCGUAAAUUCAUCGGUCGAGUUGAAACCGUAGAUCCCGUCUCCGAUUUGGCUACGGUACAAAUUGAUUGUAAGAAAUUGCCCACAAUAAAAUUGGGAAGUUCGUCGGAUUUGCGAUCCGGUGAAUGGGUUGUCGCAUUGGGCAGCCCAUUGGCAUUGAAUAACACCGUUACAGCUGGCGUUGUAAGCUCAACACAGCGCGCUUCACAGGAACUUGGUUUAAGAGGCAAAAACAUCAACUAUAUUCAAACCGAUGCAGCUAUCACAUUUGGCAAUUCAGGCGGUCCGCUAAUCAAUCUCGACGGCGAAGCGAUUGGAAUAAACAGUAUGAAAGUAACGGCAGGAAUUAGCUUUGCCAUUCCGAUCGAUUAUGUUCGUGAUUUUCUCGAAAAGAGUCAACAAUUGCGCGAUAAUAAAAAGUUCAAGCCACCACCAGCUCGGCGUUAUAUGGGUAUCACAAUGCUCACACUAACUGAUGACAUUUUGACUGAGUUGAGGCAACGUAGCCAUACAGUGCCUGUGGAUGUUAAAAGUGGCGUGUUGAUUUGGAAGGUUAUAAUUGGUUCGCCAGCGUAUAAUGGCGGAUUGAGCCCAGGAGAUAUAGUGACAAAAAUAAAUGGCAAAGAAGUUCAUAACACGUCAGACAUUUAUUCGUUUCUAUCAGAAAAAGGGAAAGCCUUGAACAUGACCGUGUAUCGGGGUACACAAAAACUGGAAAUCAUGAUUGUUCCAGAAGAAAUGGACGAUUAAAAUUCGUCCAUCCAUGUUUUAGACCUAUAUUUUAGUUUUAUCACAUUGCAACUGCCACUUGAACCUGUUUUUAAACAAAAUUAAUCGCUCAAAGCAAUACAAAAGAUUUUUUUUCUGAUCCGAAUGAAAGAAAGAAUAAAUAAAUAAAAACCCGAUUGGCUUGACUUUAAUCGCA